GUCUGACCGGAUUGGUCAUUCUGGAUUGUUGAUGUGCUGUGAUAUAGAACGAAGCCUAUUUUUCCCUAACCGUAAGUAAUCAAGCAAAGAUCAUCGGGCAAGGAGGUGUUUUUGAAGGUGGUUGUCGGCGAUGGAAUUCUGUCCGACAUGCGCGAUGUUGCUGCAGAUCGAGCCCGCAAACAGUGGGCGGAAGCUGCGGCUCUUCUGUCCUACGUGCCCUUAUGUCUGCCCCAUCGAGAACAAGAUCGUUAAGAAAGAGCAUCUGGUGAAGAAAGAAUUGGAGCCCAUCUUUAGUGGAUCGGAUGCCAUGAAGUUUGCUCCCAAAACCGGAA